AUGAGCUCUUACUACAGUGUGCUAGGCAUCAAAAAAAAUGCAACUGAAAAAGAUCUCAAGAAAUCUUACAGAACAAAACUGCUUUUGCUACAUCCAGACAAACAGAAUCAAAGAAAAGACAACAACAGACCUUUGAGAGGAACAGUGGAUAAUUUACAACUUGUACGUGAAGCUUAUCAAAUACUUAUAGAUCCAAUAAAAAGGGCGAAUUAUGAUAAAUCACUUAAUACAAAGAGCGGAAAUAACAAUCUCGGCGCUGAAUUGGCAAGUGGACUAGAAACAGUUUCCCUCGAUGACUUUGACUUUAACGAAGAUAGCGUCAUGUGGCUAAGAGAUUGCCCAAGGUGCAAUAGUAAGAAAAGUUUUGAGAUAUCGGAAAAUGACCUGGUGAAAAAUAUUUCCUUGUGUGAGGGAAUACCAGAUGAUUUUGAUGGAGCCUAUAACCUAGUAAUCCAAUGCAAUUCCUGUAGUCUUUGGCUUAGGGUUAAAUACUACGAUUUAGACGAAGAUGACGAGUGA